CACCUGUCGUCACUGAUGACAGAUAACCUCCUGAUAAAACUGAUUAAAAAUAUAACCUCAAAAUAAAACUGUUGCAGACAGAUUGAUGCCUCUACGUAGAUAACCCGACUUAAAAACGUUGUAAUUUCACGCCAUUUCGUUCAGUUUUCGUCAGAAUGGCAGAAGCCGAGAUUGACCCAGAACCAGAAGUUCGACAACCUUGUAACAUACCACCUAAUGAUAGACUUAAGCACCUAGUAGCCAGCUGUAAAAAUGCCGUAAAACUAGACUACACCAAACCGCUUUCUCAGUAUUACCAUGCAGGAAUGACGAUGGCGAAAAUGGCAAACGCCUACUAUUUCGAGCGCAAAACCGAAAACGCGUACGCUCUUUACUUGAAAUUUAUGACUUUAUUCAUGGAAGAAAUGCCCAAGCAUCCGGAUUUUGAGAAAGAUCCAGUGAAGGCGAAAGUGAACAAUCCAGAUAAAAUGGAAAAGUUAAUAUCAAAAGUUGAUAAACUGCAGCAGAUAUUGAUGAGGCAGUAUAGAGAGGACUAUGAGAAAUUUCUUAUUGAAAAAGAGAACCAAAAUCUUAAAAAUUUAGUUGAUAGUGCCAGAAAUGAGGCAAGCAGUUCAAGGCAUGAAGUCAAUAAUGUAGUGCCAAUGGUUGUACAUCAAGAGCAAAUGGAAAGUAGUGUUAACUAUGAGUGGCUGCCUGUGACUCAAUAUAUCGUUCUCAGACGACUAGGAUGGAUUAGAAGUGUCUGAAUUGUACUUUCCAUUUUUUUGAUAGAAGCUUUAAUUUGAGUUUAUGAAAUUUAUGAAAAAUUUUGUUUUUGCGUUUGGAAUCUGCUUUAUUAUAAAUAUACUGUUAGUUAGAAAUUUGUCUAUUUUUUGUUGUAAGUUUUACAAAUAUAUAAAUACCUAUCUAGAUA